GCAAGACCCAUCUCCAUUCCGCAAAUGUUGUCUCUCUGAACUCUGUACAAAACUCUUAGCCUACAAACGCCUCAAGGUGUGCUACCUUCUCUUCAGCCUCACUGACCCCUCUAAGAUGGUGCGGAUUUCUCGAUUCAGCCCUGCAGACCCCAGUGUAGACAUUGCUCCCAGAGAAUCCGAUGACCUCCGUGGGGACCCUGCACUCAGCCAUCAGAGCGCACCUACCCCCCAGGAUGCUCAUAGUUCAGUCGUAGAUGCGGGUGGCGUGGACAGCAUCAGCCGGUGUCCCCAGCAGCUUCCUCAGAUGAUGGCUGCAGCAGCUGAUGGUUUGGGGAGUAUAGCGAUUGAUACAACCCAGCUCAACAUGUCCGUGACAGAUCCCACAGCCUGGGCCACCGCCAUGAAUAACUUGGGCAUGGUUCCCGUGGGGUUGCCUGGACAGCAGCUUGUGUCUGACUCAAUCUGUGUACCAGGCUUUGACCCAGGCCUCAACAUGAUGACUGGGAUCACCCCCAUUAACCCAAUGAUACCAGGCCUGGGGCUGGUACCGCCACCACCACCAACAGAAGUGGCUGUCGUCAAAGAAAUAAUCCACUGCAAAAGUUGUACUCUUUUCCCUCAAAAUCCAAAUCUUCCACCUCCUUCCACAAGAGAACGACCUCCUGGGUGCAAGACCGUGUUUGUCGGAGGAUUACCAGAAAAUGCUACUGAGGAAAUCAUUCAAGAAGUCUUUGAGCAGUGCGGUGAUAUUACAGCGAUUCGGAAAAGCAAGAAGAAUUUUUGUCACAUUCGCUUUGCAGAGGAAUUCAUGGUUGAUAAAGCCAUUUACCUUUCUGGUUACCGGAUGCGAUUAGGGUCCAGCACGGACAAGAAGGACUCGGGCCGCCUCCACGUGGACUUCGCCCAGGCCCGGGACGACUUCUACGAGUGGGAAUGCAAGCAGCGGAUGCGCGCGCGCGAGGAGCGGCACCGGCGCAAGCUGGAGGAGGACCGGCUGCGCCCGCCCUCGCCACCGGCCAUCAUGCACUACUCGGAGCACGAGGCCGCCCUGCUGGCCGACAAGCUCAAAGAUGAUAGCAAGUUUUCAGAGGCUAUCACAGUGCUGCUCUCCUGGAUUGAGCGAGGGGAGGUGAAUCGGCGUUCUGCAAACCAGUUCUAUUCCAUGGUGCAGUCAGCCAACAGCCACGUCCGCCGGCUGAUGAAUGAAAAGGCCACCCAUGAGCAGGAGAUGGAAGAAGCCAAGGAGAAUUUUAAAAAUGCCUUAACUGGAAUCCUCACUCAAUUUGAGCAGAUUGUGGCCGUUUUCAACGCUUCUACCAGACAAAAAGCUUGGGACCAUUUCUCGAAAGCUCAGCGCAAGAACAUAGACAUUUGGCGAAAGCAUUCUGAGGAGCUCCGGAAUGCUCAAAGCGAGCAGCUUAUGGGUAUCCGCCGUGAAGAAGAAAUGGAAAUGUCAGAUGAUGAGAAUUGUGACAGCCCGACUAAAAAAAUCAGAGUCGAUGAAUCAGCCCUGGCCGCUCAGGCCUACGCUCUUAAGGAGGAGAAUGACAGUCUGCGCUGGCAGCUGGACGCCUACAGGAACGAAGUGGAGCUGCUGAAACAGGAAAAAGAGCAGCUUUUCCGGACGGAGGAGAAUGUCACCAAGGACCAACAGCUCCAGUUUCUGCAGCAGACCAUGCAGGGCAUGCAGCAGCAAUUGCUGACCAUCCAGGAGGAGUUAAACAACAAGAAGUCAGAACUGGAACAGGCAAAGGAAGAGCAGUCACACACACAAGCGCUACUGAAAGUCCUGCAGGAACAAUUAAAAGGAACCAAGGAAUUGGUGGAGACCAAUGGCCACAGCCAUGAGGACACAAAUGAAAUCAACGUGUUGACAGUCGCAUUGGUCAACCAAGACCGGGAGAACAAUAUAGAAAAAAGAAGCCAAGGCUUAAAAUCAGAGAAAGAAGCUUUGCUGAUCGGCAUCAUAUCAACGUUUCUUCAUGUCCAUCCUUUUGGAGCCAAUAUAGAGUAUCUCUGGUCAUACAUGCAGCAGCUGGACUCCAAGAUAUCUGCAAACGAAAUCGAAAUGCUUCUGAUGAGGCUGCCGCGCAUGUUCAAACAGGAAUUCACAGGCGUGGGAGCCACGUUGGAAAAAAGGUGGAAGCUGUGUGCCUUUGAAGGAAUUAAAACUACCUAACUCGGAAGAGCACACAGGUCUCCGGAAGUGAAACCACCGAACUCGGCCAGGGCUGUGCGCUGUGAGCACUGGAGGUUGGAGUCGCCGGGCGUGGGGCCCCUGCGGACCCAUCAGAGCCAGACUUCAGGUGCACCCAUGGCGUCCUCUUGUGAGUGGAAAUGUAAUUGUGUACCAGUUCCCUAAAACCAAGCUCCAUACGGUGACAGAUCUGUAUCCUAUGAAUACCAACGAUUUCACAGUCAUCACAAUGGCAACAUCUCAAAAUACGCUACAUUUGAGAAUAGCUCACCAAGCAGAAUAUCUAAAGUUAACGAUGGUGUAGCUAUGGUCGUUGCUAGGCUACAGAGUUGUAUAUGUCAUGUAUAGCAGAAAUCAUUCAAUGACAUUUUCCUGAGAGUCUUUCUGUUUUAGUAAAAAAAAAAAUAAAUUAAAAAAUAAAAAAGUAAUUUUGCAGUGAGGAAAAAUCAUACCAAAAGAAAACUUGAAUAUGUGUCUGAACAUUUAUUGUAUUUUGUAAAUUAAGUUAUAUGCUAUUCCAGGGACUUUUGCCUUAUUGAAGAGGCAGAAAAUGUGAUUGGACUCCUUGAGAAUGCUUUAUCAAGAAUAUUAUUUUUCUAAUGUAACAAUUCUCCAUCAUAAGUUCUUUUAACAUGGACUGCAUAACACUUUUCAUAAGAUGUAAAUAAAGGAAAAGCUAGUGCUACUGUCUUGUACUUGGUAUGUAAUAUUCAGGUUUAAUGCAUCAAAAUAAACAGUCAGUAAAUAUUCCUGUUACAAAUUUUAUAGCAAAGAUAUUAAUUUUUUUCAAUAAAUAUGACUUCUGCCAUA